GUUGGGAGUGGUUGCUGUGGUGACGCAUCUCGCAACCGAUGGGUUGAUGCAGGAAGAAGUGAGUGUGUUUGUUGAGUAAGGCAGUUGGUAGUGAUCACGACGGAAAGCAGUUUCUAUUACUGUCGUUUCUCUGCUGAGUGGUGAUACUGCAUUUGGGCUUUGACCCUGUCAUAGGAAGUACACAAAUACAAAGAACAUGGCUACUACUGUCAACACACAGAGGGGACAGGUAUUUAUUGGGGAGUUACCCCAAGAUUUCCUACGGAUCACCCCUAUACAUCAGCAACAUCAGAUACAGAUGGAUGCACAGGCAGCCCAGCAGUUACAGUACGGAGGGGCAGUUGGAACAGUCGGCAGGCUCAGUAUCACUGUAGUACAGGCCAAGUUAGCAAAGAAUUAUGGUAUGACACGGAUGGAUCCCUACUGCAGGAUACGCCUUGGGUAUGCUGUAUACGAAACGCCUACAGCACAUAAUGGUGCAAAGAAUCCUCGCUGGAAUAAGGUUGUUCAGUGUACUGUCCCUCCUGGUGUGGACUCUUUCUACCUUGAGAUUUUCGAUGAGCGAGCAUUUUCAAUGGAUGAUCGAAUUGCCUGGACACACAUCACUGUACCAGAAUCAUUAAAAGAAGGCAAGAUUGUCGAUGAGUGGUACAGCCUCAGUGGAAGACAAGGGGAUGACAAGGAAGGAAUGAUCAAUCUGGUCAUGUCAUACAAUUCUGUUCCUGCUUCCAUGAUGAUGCAGCCACAACCAGUGGUCCUUAUGCCCACAGUGUAUCAGCAGGGGGUAGGAUAUGUCCCGAUAACAGGAGUGCCAACAGUGUAUAAUCCAGGAAUGGUACCUGUUGCAGUGCCGAAUCCAGCUGCAAAUGCCCAGCCUCUUUAUGGUGAAGAGGAUCUGAAAUCCAUUCAGGAUAUGUUUCCUAGCAUGGACAAAGAAGUGAUCCGUUCUGUUCUUGAGGCCCAAAGGGGGAAUAAAGAUGCUGCAGUCAAUUCUUUGCUUCAGAUGACAGAAGAAUCCUGAAUACUCCUGACGCAAUUGUCAUAAUAUCUAUGUUGCCAAGUCAGGGAUGGCUAGCUAGAGGAAGAAUUUUUGCACAAAAUUUUGUGAAGCUGUAUCCUUGUGUACCAGUCUCACCCCAGCUCAAAAGAACAAGCUUGUAUAACACUGUGUGCCAUUUUUUCAUUAAAUUAGUCGCAAAAGAUUGCACUGUCUUCAGUGGUAAAGCACGGCUAGAGGAUGACUUUGUACUAUCCAGAAUUUGCUGUGCAACUGUUGGGCCUAAAACAAUUAUUCCACGGUUGCUUUUUUUCCCCCCAUUAAUAAUGAGUGCAUUAUUUCCUUCAUGAAUGUUGUCCAUGAUUUCUUGGAAUUACUAUGUGUCGCAUAGCCUGAUUUGUUUCGUUUGCUGAGAAAUAAUUUGCAGCAUUUUCUGCAACAGAGAGGUCUUUAGGUGAGCUGUAAAAACAGUAAACAUUUUGAUUUUUUUUUUUUGCCUGACGUUUAUAUUAGACAUUAAAAGAAAUGUACAUUGCCUUAAAAAAAAGCACUAAAUAUAUUUAUGUUAUAAACUGUUAUAUCAAAUGGGCAUUUUUACUGUAGCAUAGUAUUCAGAACAUUUUGGAAAAAAUGUAUACAUGAGUGACAUCUGUGAGGAUUGCAGUGGGAAACCUAAAGGAAACUGUGGGCUCUACAUUGCUCACAAGAUUAAGCUAACUUCCAUAACAAUAUGUAGGAUCUUGGGUGCCUAUUUCAAUUUUCAAAAAAUGUACGUGAGAGGAGAAUGGUAAAUACAUUCAGAAAGUUUGCUUACAUUGGUCAGUACACAUUUGUUAUGAUGUCUGGUAGUCCAAAGAGUACUGAAGUCUACAAAUUUGAACUGACAUUGCAUAGUACUAGAAUAAGAACUGUUAUAAUGCUUAUUCACUUCUAAACAUGGAAAUGUGAUUUACUGAUUGCAGAAAAGCGUUUUAGCAUUUUGGGGUGGUGUUGACAUCAAAUGAUAUCCCACAGACAGACUGCUUGUGUGCUGUACCUUACAGAACCUAUACUUCGGGUUCUCAAUUUGUAUGGAGUUUUAACUGUCAAAUAAUUGAUGUAUAGUGGUUUCCAAGAUAUCUUGUCGCACGUUCUGGGCACCAGAAAUGUAUAUUUGAGGGUAAUAUAUUUCAUGAUACUGAUUGUUCCAGGUUUGUAAUUUAGUAACUUGUGUAACAUUUUUAAAUGUUGGCUAUGAGCUAUGUACAGAUGAUUUGUGAUUGACUCGUGUUCAUGUAUUCGGUACACCUUUGAAUCCAUUGCUCAUACACUGAUUCAGUUCCAAAAGAAAAUUGCCAAGUAUGGGUACAGACUGAAAGCUGGAAGCAGAACAACCACUAUGUAGUCAUUCCAAAGAAUGUAGUAUACUGUACUGGUGCUGAUGUCUCCUGUCUGCAGUUUAAAAUGCUGUAAACAUGAUUCACUCAGUGCAAACACUGUUCAUGGAAUGUGUUAGUAUGGUGAGCAUCUGUUUUUGUGCUGUGCAAAUGCUGGUUGUUGUUGGUAUGCACUGGUAUUUACUGUUAAGUUUGGUGGUAUAAAUUGUAAUGCUUGCAGAUCUAUCAAAGUAACACAGGUGCUGUGUAACAAUACUACAACUGCACACUGAUGUCACUGCUGGAUUUGUCUGUAACUGUUUCUGUGUAGUCCUUUACUCUGAUGCAUUGUGCUUUUAUUUAUCACUGUUAACAGUGCAUUUUUAAUGACCCAAAAUAUAUCAUAAAACACUAUGAUGUAGAACAGUAUUCGUAGUCUGUGUGUACAUCCCGAUAAAGCAUCCCAAAAUGCAGUUAUGUGGGCAGUAUCUACAGUGUUUGUGUGUAUUUCAGCUAGAAUGUCAGGAAAUGGAAAAUUCCUGGACAAUGUUUUCCCUGUAGUCUGCUGUCUUUUAAAGUGCAUGUUUUGCACCCAAUUGACUAUCCAUUUUUUCCCCUUGAGACAUUCUCUAAAACUUACUUUUCAGUUGCGGCUAUAAAUUACAUUUUUGAUAAUACUGCAUUUAUAAGGAGUUAUUAAAGCAGCACAAAGUGUACUAACAUGUUCAAGUAUUUUGUUCUUUUUAAAGGGGGGAGAUAAUAGCAGUACAAGAAAGAAAGUAGAAAUAGAACGAUUGGGAUAAGUGGAGGAGGCAAAACGUAGUGCUGCCUACUUGUGUGCAACAUGGACCUGCACAGAAAUGGUCUUUUUCUGUAGUUUCCUAUCCAUGAAUAUACAAGUAUUCUACAAAGCAGGCCAAAGUGUUGUAACUAGAGGUGUAGUUAUAACAUGUUAGUAAAUGUGUGCUGUAUUUGCAGGGAAGUUGCAUACAUUCACAAAGAGAACCCCCCACACACACACACACACACACACACACACACACACACAGUCACCUGAAAUCACCUGGAAUAUGUGCCAAGGUCUGUCUUGUCAUAGCAAGCAGCAUUAGCUUUAUACAUGAAGACAGAAGUAACUCCACAGUAAAAAGUGUUUUGAUCAAUGUUUAGUAAAUACCUUUCGGUACCUGUGUUGGCAUGAUUGCUGAAUAAUUGGCAAUAGUAGAAGACACUGGAUAGUUUUGGUUUUCAUACUUGUCAGCAUGGUGCAGCAGUAGGGAGAUUUGACAGAUGCUGGAGUCUGGUGGAGGAGAUGCCAGGCAGCUAAACACAGAGCAAUGUAUGGAGCAGUCAUAACAUUUUUUUUUAAAUUAUGCUUGAAAGGGGACAGGCACCUCUCUUGAUCCCCCACUCACCAUGUUUUAAAAAAUGCUAGGGUCAGGUGGGGUUAAGCAGAGCAGCAGCCCACUUACAAAUGGAGUGAACAAUCUGUCUGUGUCCAUGUCUGUUUUUUUCUGUUCCUUUUGUCUGCAUACCUGCCAGUGUACCAGUCUAUCUACAUGUUAACUAAAUAAGUUAUACUGACUACUUGCAAGGAAAGAAGUGUAUGUGGUUACCAAACACUAAUCAACUGUGCUCAUAUAAUUACAUGGAAAUGCAUGGCUAGGCUUCUAAUGAUCCCUCUCGGAUCAAUAGCCUAGUUAGGUACCUGUGAACAUCAUUGUGAUUCUGGCUCAGCACUGAAUGCUGGGCCCAGUGUUCUUCAUUAUUGCCAGUUGUUGCGGGAAUCAUGCCAACAGAAAACAUCAGAUAAUCAUUUGUAUAGGUUAUGUCUUUCAUUUUAAAGAAUGCUGAUAUGUCAUUAAAGCAUUGUUUUGCAGACAAUAGGAAUAUUGAUGAAGCACAGGCAUGCUAAAAAUUAUAUAUGUUUAAAGUUAUGGUCAUGAUGCAUUUUGUUGACAUUUUCCAUGGGACAGUGAAUGAUUACUUUUUGUGUGUAAUUGUUAAAGAAGAGGCCUGAAUACAAGAAGCAGUGUCACUCUGCAUUUCAUCUGUAGGUUCAAGAUGACGUUAUGGCUCAGUCCAGGUUUGUAGCUGACUUGUCAUUUAAUGUAUUCAUUUGUUAACCGGGGAACUGAAUUUAUUGUCACGGACCCUUUUCAACUGUGACCCAGACCACAAGGGAAAUGGUCAGUGUAAUAUGUAUGAAUACUUUAAAGUAGCCAGUCAAGUAACAUGUUUUUGGGAAGUAAGAGGAAACAGCAGUACCCCAAAAAAAUUAAUGCAUAGUGAGAGCAUAAAGUCUUCAUAGAUAGUCACUAUGGAUCAAGAUUCAGUCUUAGACACACAAGUUGGAGAUCUUAAAAUAUUGAGCUGCAGUGCUGUCCUAACCACACAGCCAACAUGCUGAGUUUUCACUUGCUUCUUCUUGUAAAUGGGUGGCUAUUUCUCAAGUGCUUUAGCAGUCCUGACUCCUCAUCACCACUGUUGAAUGUCAGGAUUCCUGGUUGACUUUUUAGGUUAUUCAAUAUCAUAAGGCUUCACUACAACAUGUUGUGAUCAGGCAGAGUGCUUUUUGGGGAUCUUCCCCCUUUUUCCACUAUGGCGCAACCAUGAAGUUGAUAUAUAUAUAUAUAUAUAUAUAUAUAUAUAUAUAUAUAUAUAUAUAUUUAGGGUUUUUAAUUUAGUGGUUUUAAAUAGUGAUCUUUUGGAAGCCAGUUAAUCAGAGUGUACUUUGAUCACUAGUGAGCAAAUAGUUUGAUCUAAAGAAAGAAUAUCUUGGAAAUGGUCAGUAUUCAGCUGUCUUUUGUUUUCCAUUUCAGAGCCAUUAGAAGUAAGGGAUUUAUUAGCCCUGAUAGUUCAUUGGCUUAUAGGUAAAUACUUGGCUAUCAGUCUGGAGACUGUUACAAGCCUACCCAAUAACCAGACAUCAGAAUCAAACCCAGUACUGUGCAUCAGUGAGGUAAGGAUCUUUACAGUUAUAUCAACCCCUCCCCUCUCAACAGACUGAAGAACCGUAGAAAGAUUUCUUGGAAAGCAAGAGAAAGAUUUUAUUCUUGGCUGUUUCUACAAAAAAGUUGAGCAGAUACUUAACAGUCCUGGAUCUGAUCAAGUUGAACUAUCAUAUAAUUAAAGUUUUUUAUAGUCACCACUCACAGUAAAAUGUUACUACUGGAUGGAAGCUAGAUACUGUGGCAUGGUGCAGAUACCUUUCAACAUGUAAGAAUGUGGAAAUGUCACAAGAAAUCUAUACUGGAGAAUUAGUUGCGUUCAACCCGAGUACCGCCUUUUGGUCAUUACUGUACAGUCAUGGUCCAUAGCAAGUGUCAGUCUGUGGUUGCAGAAGCACUGCAGUGCUGGCAUCUCUUAAUCUUUCCAUAUCUCUGUUACUGGUUGCUUGUGGCAACCCCAUUACAGGCUUUUCUGAGCACAAAGCUUUCUUUGAUUUUGAGUUUGCAUGAACUGAUGAGAAUGUUAUCUGCGGAGGCAAGUUCUUUCUUUCAUGUUGUUGGUUUUAUAGGUAUUGUCCUAGACUCUAUAAAAAUGGCAAGUGUUUCUUACUGUAGUCAGUGUGGAGAACGCUACUGAGCUAGAGGCUUUGGUUUCAGGGGUCUCUCUUUUUAAGCAGGGAUCAUUUUGCAAUUGCUAGGUUUAACUGAAACAUUCACUUUGCAGUGUUUUUUUUGACCAUUUGGUGUUAGUGACUCCACAGAUAUAUUCCAGAUUUACUUCGUUUUAGACUUCUGAUGCUGUUUUUUAAAGAUGUUGGCCCUUCAAAGUCUUGAGUUGGGUUGCCCUGCCUCCCUGCAUUGCAAAAGCAAAUUUUUCAAUUGCUUAUCUGGAUGGUUGAGGUAAUCUUCUGUAUUUUGUGGUCAAGAUGCUUUGGAGGCCUGUGGUGCAUAAUGUCCAUUUCAGCCUCCUCAAACUGAAGGUUGUACUAAUCACUGUUCAGAUACUGAGUUCACUAUAAUUGCUAAAUGUGCGGAACCACAUAAUCUGAUAUUUCAGAAAGUGAAUAUGAAGUCUCUUUAUUUUAAGAUCUGAUAUGAACAGUUUUGAUAUCUGUUCAGUCUUUGUGGACUUUGCAUGUUCUGUACAUAAUUGUAAGGGUUUUCUGAAUACUCUUUUCUUCUUGCCUCCCCAAAACAUGUUACUUGCUUAUCCUAAAGGUUCAUCUGCAUCCAAUGUGUAUUGUACUUACCCAUGCUUUUGUGUUCUGGAUCUUGGGUAAGAAUGGUCUGUGAUAGUCCAGGUCACUCACAAGUGUUACAAAUGAGUUUAAUCAGUUAGUGCACUUCUUUGUGUAGUUAAAUUGUUCAGCUUAGUAAUUUUAAGAUGUUAUUUGUAUUAUGUUGCUUUUUGCAGGUGUUGCAUGGAUGAAAAGAAGGGGGUAGGUGAAAACUGGAGAGACUGAAGGGAGUAUACUUCAAACUUAGUCAUAGGAGUACUGGUUUGGAAAUAGUCGUUUGCUACUAAGACAGUGGGUCCUAAAAAAGUUUGAAGAGCUAAUUAAGUGAACACAGGAAUGGUUUACCAGAUAUAUGCCCUUUAGUUUAGGGCUAUAUCAGUGCUCAACAACUAUGGUGAUAGUUUGUAUAUCAUCACCCUAUUAUUACUCUUAAGUUGUCAAAUGGCUUUUUAUGAAAAUAAAUUUCCUUUUCUGGUAAACUGAAUGAGUUUAGCAUUUUAUUACUUCACAGUACUGCUGAACAUUCUACCCAAAGCCAUGUUUUGUUGACUAUCUUUGACAAUGAUUGCAUUAAUGUACUUCUAUUAAUGUACACAGGUUUCAGUGCCACAUUUUCUUUUUCCAGGAAAAUAAUAUUCCUUCAUUUUAUGUAUUAUACUUGAAUGACUUAUUUACACCACAUUUUUGUCCCUUGUGAAUGAGCCCCUUGUUGUGGCAUUUUGUAACAGCUGCACAAAAAUACAAACGGUAACAGGCCGCUGCUUUAAAUAAUGAAGCACACAUUGCCUGUGUGACGGAAAAUACUGAUUAUGUAACAAAGCUAAAGUCACUGGGUGUGCCAUGUUAUGUUUGCAUGCAUUGCAGAUGCAUUAUUUGGCCUUUGAUAUGCAAUUCCCGAUGAAAAUUAAAGCAGUUCAAAAGCUUUAUUAAAACAUUUCCAUUUAUGUCUGUUCAUGCAAGCCUUUUAAUUGCAUCAAUUGGACUUCUGCUGUGGAAUUCACUGUGCUGCAGCAGUUCAGGGUGCUCCUGUGCUAACUUUGGUUGCCUAUAUAUCAUCCUUGCACAUGUUUUCAUGUUUUAUGUCUCUCCAGUUUUUGUUGAUUACAGAUUUAAUGUAUAAAGUUGUCACUGAAUUUGUGCUGUUCGAAUUGUAUUACACAGUACUGCCAUUAAGUAAGUACGUGUGAAAUCUUUUGAUUUCCUACAUCAGUAGGUUAUGUGGCUCGAUUAUGACCCAUUGCAAGACAGAAUCUUCUAGCUACAUCCUUGCAGGUCAUUGUUUAUAAUAUGCUUUUAAUCUCACUUUAGUCAGUGUUUGUUGUCGGCAUACAUUAAUUGAUGGUGUCUGGCAUACCACAUGUACAGAAGAAAUGUAAUUAAAUGCAAGUAAGAGCAGUACUAGAGUUCUUAUGAUUUAUCAGAAUUAAGCAUAUCAGAUAUUUUUAUGUUUUUAAUUUCUUUAUCACUUGUAUUUGCUUAUUUAAUAAAUAAUAGCCACACAUGCA